CAAAUGAAUUCUGCAUCAGAACUUAAUCUGAAUAUGAACAGUGAAAAAGGCAUCAUCAGCAAAAAUGCCCAGGUGAACCAGCCAGGUAAAGAGGAGAGGAUCCGGGAGCUAAAGCAGCAGGUGGACUCGCUGCAGAAUGUCAUCCUUCAGGUCCAGGAGCUUCAUCACGGCCUGGUAGCGUUUUGCUCAGAGAUAAAGAACAUGGAGCCAGAUGUGAAUGUGGACAGGCUGAGUUCUGCUGAGCUGAAACAGAGGCUGGAGAUGGUAAACAGCCAACUGGAGGAGAAGAGGCAGAGGCUGCAGAUCCUCAGAGACAGCAUUAACAACUCAGCUGCUCAUAAAAACAAACAGCUGGAGGUUCAUCUGCUGGAAAAGAUUAAGCUGAACUGCCAAGUGUUUAAGGAAGAAAUUACCAUUGUACAUCUCAAUCGACAAGCUACUCAUCUCCUAAAUGCCUGGCAAGGAAGCUCCAUGAAGGAGAAAGCUCAAAAACAGACUUCAGCUUUAAGCAGCUUGAGCCAGCUUGUGACGCCUCAGUCUCCAGCCAUGCUGAUGGUCGUGCAAGAGAAGCAGCUUCCUGAUGGGCAUUAUGGCUUCACGUGCUGCCACAGAGAUGACCAAGGACUGGUGGUGGUGAAGGUGGACAACUCCCACCUGUUUGUGGGAGACAGACUUGUGGAAGUGAAUGGGGCGCCGGUGGUCAGCGCCACCCUGGAAGAGCUGAAAGAUCUGCUGCGUCUCGGACCGUGUGUCCAGAUUGUUGUUCUUCGCCAGCCUCCACCUAUUCUGGUCUCUACUUGUCUCAAGCAACCGGUUAUAAGUCCAGAUCAUGUCCAAACACUCUGGCCUCAAAGGGAUGAAGUAACUACAGAAACCGCACCACAGAGAAAGAUGAUGGCCAUCUAACAGUAGGCAUACAGAGCAUCGGAAAAGUAGUCAUACCACUUGAACAUUUCCACAUCUUGUGCUAGAACCACAAAUCCUUGAUGUAUUUUAUUGGGAUUUUAUAUGAUUGGCCAAAAAGGUGUAUAUUAUGAAGUAGAAGAAAAAUGAUGAAGGUUUUCCAAAAUAUUUCACAAGCAAAAAUCUGCAUAGGGUGGUCGGUAUUUUUGUUCUCCUCUUUUUUACAAGACUUUAAGCAUGUAGACUGGGCCGGCCAAAGCCUUUUUGGGGGCUUAAGCAGAUUUUAAUUUAGGGCCCACCAUAGCAACAUGUCAAAAUCAGAUACUUUAUCAUUCCUAGGCUACACUAUUUGUGUAACAUACUUACUACUAUUAGCGUCAUUUGUAAAUAGCUUACAUCAUACCGGUGUUAUUAUGGCUA